CCCAACGGGCAGCCAGCAGUCCAAGUUAUCAAAGAUGGCUGCCCUGAGCAACUCGCAAUUGAGUGAGAGUAUCAUUGACAUGUUGAUUUUGCAGGGAGAUGGCAGCCGGUGUCAGACUGUGUGCAGAGGAAAUCCAAUAACUAAUAUUGGAAAGCGAAAGCAAAUGUUUAAGAUGCUGACAAUUGUGAUGGUUCCAAUAUUUGCUCUUCUUAGCAUAACGGCUAAUUUCUUUGACGGGACUUUGCAAACUUAUACCAAGUUGAUUGCAAUCCGCCAAGAUCUGUACCUUGGACGCGAGCUUGGAACGUUUCUCCGCUAUUUUCAGCGGGAACGGGACAUGAGUACUCUUUAUGCCAGCAGCAUCGGUCCAGAAACUAAAGGUCGUCUGCUUAACCGCUACAUUGAUACCGACAGCGCACUAAAUAAUUUGUCCUCUUGGCCAGUAAGUGCAAGCAAUCCACGACCCGAAUUUCAAACCUUGGAGGUUUUCUCUGCCUAUCUGGCCAAGCACCGAUAUGAACUAGACAUCAAAGAGCUCACAACUGCGGGCGAAAUAGCGUUCUAUUCAGACGGCAUCGAUGUUUUCAUCAAGUGGCUGUAUGAGGCAAUAUCAGUGGCGAGUUCUGAAUCGAUUUGGAAAAGCCUGGUAGCUUAUCAGGAGAUCAUCGUGACCAGCGAAAACAUCGGACGGGAGCGAGGGUAUGGAGUAACAUUUUACGCACUCGGCUAUUUCCGUAAUCGACAGGAAUACCUUAUGUUUCUUGAAAGUCAGGACAUCGCAAAUGUCACUUUUCGGUUCGCCAGACAACUCUCAGAAAUCGCCUUUAAUAUCUACGAUCAAAGUGUGAAAGACCACCCAGUUAUAUUCGAAAAUAUCAAGAACAUGCGUUUCGAGAUUCGUUCCAAUGAAACUUCCGUGGGUUAUGGAUCGCUGGAGUACGCUGACAGUUGGUUUGGAAACAUGACGUUUUAUCAGGACGUCAUUAGAGAAGUACAAACGGCUAUUGCUUCCGAAAUCGAUGUCAUUUUGGAGACAAAUUCAGCACAGAGUGUCCGCAAUAUCACCGUCUUCGCGCUCAUGUUUGGGGCUUUUCUGUUGAUAUGCCCUUUAGUCGUAUUUGGUGUAUAUUCACUUACGUCACAAAUCCAAAAAUACUCAAUAUCGAUCGCCACAAGAACACGUGCAUUGAAGCAAGAAAAGACAUGCACGGAUACGCUUCUGUACCAGAUGCUACCAAAGUCGGUCGCUGAGCGACUCAAGCGUAAUGAGGAGGUUUGCGCAGAGACGUUCCAAAACGCCACUCUUUUCUUUGGCGACAUCGUGGGGUUCACACAGAUCUCGUCCAAUAGCUCUCCACUGCAAGUUGUCAACAUGCUUAACAAGCUUUUCUCCUGCUUCGACAAGCGCAUUGAGGAACAUGAUGUAUACAAAGUGGAAACAAUUGGGGAUGCUUACAUGGUAGUAUCGGGAGUUCCUAAAUCGAAUGGGCAGAAGCAUGCUGGAGAGAUCGCCACAAUGGCCCUUGAUCUAUUAGUACAUAUUUGCAGCAUGAAAAUCCCGCACAUUCCGGGUAAAACGCUCCAGCUCCGGAUUGGAUGUCACUCAGGUUCCGUGGUCGCUGGCGUGGUGGGAACAAAGAUGCCGAGAUAUUGCCUGUUUGGGGAAAGCGUCAAUGUGGCUGCUAAAAUGGAGUCUCUCGGACGACGUAACAUGAUCCAUAUAAGUGAGACAACAUUUGACAUUCUUAACGAACUUGGAGGUUACGUGAUGGAGCUACGGACUGACGACUUGGCCAAGAAUAGUACCGACCCGGUGCUGAUGUCCUCCUUUAGAGGUACCGUGAGAACAUAUUGGUUGAUACGGAAGGAAGGGUUCUUCCUAGAUGAUGUUAACCUAUCCUCGAGGGAAAACACACCUGAUUCUGAAGAUAUUCACUGAAGUAGUCUACAUAAGUAACGGCGUGUCCGAAGAAGCACAUGGCGAUGUCUACAAUAAUAAUGACGGAGUUUAUAGAAACAAUGAUGAUGUCUACAGAAAAUAUGACGAUGUUUAGAGAAACAAUGACGAUAUCUACAGAAACAGUGACGAUGUCUAAAGUUACAAUGACGAUGUCUACAGUAACAAUGGCGAAGUCUACAGUAACAAUGACUAUGUCAAUAGGUAACAAUGACGAAGUUUUCAGAAACAAUGACGAUGUCUACAGAAACAAUGGCAAAGUUUACAGAAACAAUCUCGAUAUCUACACAAACAGUGACGAUGUCUAAAGUUACAAUGACGA